AUGUCUUCCUCUUCCAACACCACCACUCAACAAUCACGUACUGACCGCGCCUACUCCACCUCCUCCAGCACCUCCAACUCCUCCAUAACCUCCGGCUGGCUCAUUCUCAACGGCCACUCAUCCUCCACCGCCACAACCCCCACCAUCGAAUCCGACAAUGCGUUUAAUCCCUUCCUCCAACUAUCUCCUGUUACACGCGGAACCUCUGUUGUGAAUCAGAAAUUUGUAGCGACGGAAAAUGCGGAGGAUAGACAACGUUUGUUUUUGUUGAGGGCGAGGGAUAAUUAG